CUACCAUCAAAUCAAUACCGGCAGUGUCUGGGCUAGACGCAUUGUCAAAAUUCCGGUCAGCGACUGAAUUCGUCUGCGAUUUUGUUCUCAUUUUGAAGGAGUGUAGACGAUUAUGCUUCGAUGAUCUGAUAGUUGGAAAUAUACAUCAGGACAUAUAUCAGUACUAAAACUUUGUUACAAGAUGAAGGUCCGACGCAUCUGCAUUUUAUGUGUGGUUUUGUUGACAGCUACGUGUUUGGGGCAGGACAAACUUGCGCCAGCUGCAAUUACAGACAGUAUGUGCACAAAGGCUGAAAGCUGUGAUGAGUGCAUCAUAAAAAGCCCACUCUGUGGAUGGUGUGAAGGAAAGGAUUUUGACGAUGAAUCAUACUCGAGAUGCGAUCUUCCUGACAACCUCAAGCGGAGAGGCUGCAAGAACAGGGAUCUCAACUUCCCCACCAACCUACUCGUCAUUGAAGAGGCCAGGCCACUCAGUGACGCAGGAGACUCAGGGGAAAUCGUACAAGUGAAUCCACAAAAGAUAAAAUUACAUAUGAGACCAGGCGAGCCAACAAGGGUUCAACUGAACAUCCGGCAGGCAGAGGAUUUCCCUGUGGAUUUGUAUUAUGUUAUGGAUCUGUCUCAAUCCAUGGCCAAUGAUUUAGAUAGCUUAAGAGGCCUUGGUGAUGAACUAGCCAAGGUUAUGGGGAACAUCACUAAUGACUUCCGGCUGGGAUACGGUGCUUUUGUAGACAAGGUGAAAAUGCCAUAUGUGGACAUCAGAGAAUCAGAGUUACAGGCUCCAUGUGAUGGUUGUCAACCACCAUUUGGGUUUAGAAAUGUUCUUCCCCUUACAACAGAAACAAGUCGCUUCUCUGAGGAAAUUGGCAAAGUGCGUGCUUCAGGGAAUCUUGAUAGUCCAGAAGGUGGAUUAGAUGCUUUGAUGCAAGCUACAGUAUGCAAGGAGCAAAUUGGGUGGCGAGACAGAGCAAGGCACAUGCUUCUUUAUUCCACUGAUGCACCAUUCCACAUUGCUGGUGACGGAAAGCUUGCAGGAAUUGUGAAGCUAAAUGAUGGACAAUGCCAUAUGGACAGUGGGACCAAUGAAUACUCUGCAUCCAGUGAACAGGACUAUCCUUCCAUUAGUCAACUCAGCGGUAAGAUGCAGGAAAACGGUAUCCUGCCUAUAUUUGCUAUCGGCAAAGAGCCAGCAGAUAAGGCAGACCCAAUAGUAUACUACUCAGAUUUACCGCAGUUCUUUCAUGAGAGCAAAGUUGAACGAUUGACAGAAGACUCUUCCAAUGUGGUGGAACUUGUUAAAGGAGUGUACCUUAAUAUCACAUCUGGUGUGAAGAUUGAGGACGAUGCAUCCUCUGACCUCAUUGACGUUGCGUACACAGCCACAUGUUUGGAUGGAAUCCCACGUAAGGGCAUGCAAGAGUGCAGCAGUCUGAAGUUAGGCAACAAUGUGACAUUCACAUUGGACAUCACCAUGACCAAUAGAACCUGUAAUAUGGCAGAGAAAGAAUAUACUUUCUCUGUAGGCCCAACUGCUUUCAAGGAGUCUCUUCUAAUCACAGUCGUACCAGUGUGCGAUUGCGCAUGCUCUAAAGACGAGAUGAUCGGACCAGACGUCUGCACAGGUAAUGGUACUCUUGUCUGUGGUGGUUGUGACUGCUUCCCAGGCCGCUCUGGAGCUAAAUGCACAUGUGAUCGAGAAGAAGCUGAGGGCAUUGAUCCUGCUUGUUUAUGGCAAAAUAGUACAUCAGAGUGUUCAGAUAGAGGAAGCUGCAUCUGUGGAAAGUGUCAUUGCAACGCCAGACCGAGUCCUUUAGAGGAGAUAUAUGGUGAUAAGUGUCAGUGUGACACAUACUCAUGUGAACGUUACAAGGGUCUACCCUGUGGAGGUCCAGCACAGGGGGUCUGUAAAUGUCACAACAACACUGGUCUGAAUUAUUGCCAAUGCAAUCCUGGAUGGUCAGGCAGCAACUGUGGAUGUGAAAAGAAUGCUAAGAAGUGUGUAUCUCCAGACGGGAGUAUAUGUAGCAAUGUUGGUGUCUGUGAAUGUGGCAAGUGCCUCUGCAACAUAAAAACAAGAAAUGACACCAAGAAAUACUUGGGAUCAACUUGCCAAAUUUGUGAGGAAUGUCCGAGUGAGUGUAAUCUUCAUAAGGCGUGUGUCCAAUGUCAAGCUUACGGAAAGGGAAAGUACAAGGAUGAUGAGGACGCUUGUAAAAACUGUCCACAUAAAGUAGAAGUCUUUGAAGAGCUUCCUUCCAUCAAGGGUAGUACAGUGUGCACCUUCAAAGAUGAGGAUAACUGUAACUUUGAGUUUACACAUAGGAAGAUAGCAGAUGGCGUCAUUGAAUUAAAUGCCAUUAAAACACUAAGGUGUCCGUUAGUUGCAGAUGUUAUAUGGAUCAUAAUUGGUAUAGUGAUUGGAAUCAUCUUAGUUGGUAUUGCCUUAUUGCUCAUCUGGCGUCUUCUAACCUACAUCCACGAUAGGAGAGAAUUCCAGCUAUUUGAGAAGGAGAGGGUUAACGCACGGUGGGAAGGGGGGGAGAAUCCUAUUUACAAGCCUUCAACAUCAGUAUUCAGAAACCCAACUUACGGCCAAUAAAUUCUGGCUGUAGACCAGCCCUUGCAUGCUAACCUGAGAUGUGUUAGCUGAAAAAGAAGAAACGACCGAGUGAAAACAGAUAAACAGCUUCUUCUUUUACCGUCCACGGAAACUUGCAUCUUGAAGUGAACUGGGGAAAUCAUCUUGUCUUGGAUAUUGUGUGCACAAGACGAUUAUGUAGCGGUGGAUGGGACUUUUGGUCAUCAACCCUGACCUUCCUGAAUCUAUCAAAUUCCAACACCUGAGGGCUCUGGAGUAGGAAUGCCAACCUUAGUAUGCAAAGCAUCAUUGCUUUGGCUGAGGGGGACUGAUUCUGUCAGAUUCCAGUGGCAUAAAGUAACUCAUUACAAAUCCUGUGGACGCUGAUUUGCUUUGCAAUGUUAUCUUGACUACGCAGUGCUGAUUCCAUCAAACUCCAAUAGAAUACAUGUACUGUAACUCAUUACCUGUGGACUCUGGCUCUGAUGGAAUUGGUACACCCACCAACAAGGAAAGCAUCAUUAGCGAUCCAAGCAAAAUCAAACCAAGAUAGUCGAUGGAUUUUGAAUGGAUCAGGAAGGGUUAGGGUUGAAAUCUUGCAUGUAUGCGUGUGUGUGUCAGUUAGGGUGCCAAUGCUUACUGUGUGUGUACGUCUUAUAAGAGUUUGGACAACUUGGAUGCAAAGAAGCAGCAAAACUUUUGCAUCCUUUUUCAGCCUCUUGACUUUUUCAAAAUGGCCGUGUGUGUAACUUGGAACUGGUGCAUUUGUUAAUUGUGUGUAUAUAUGUGUAGUACAUCAACCAGGUUUUCAUCUGAGACAUUUAAUCCUUUUUUAUUAACCUGAUUUUUAAUUAUUGCAGAGUGAAAGUAAAUAUAUUUUAGGAUAUUGAAAUACUAGAGCUGUUUUGGCCUGCGUAUAUGAAUAUAAUGAAAGGCCCUUUGAUAUUUCAAUCUAGAAUGCCUUGGGUGUGAUUUAAUCCAAUGCAUUUGAUAUCUGUCCAUGCAAGAAAGUAACAUGGGUGUCCAGUAAAAAGUACUCUUUCAGUCUUUGUACGACUUCUUCUGUUCAAGAACUCUGGAUUCUAAACAGCAAAAAUUGCAAAUGUCUCUUCAGAUGUUCCCCUUUUUUGCAAAUACUGUCCCAAUAUCAGUACUACCUGACUUUCAAAAAUGUGCUCAAGUUGUGAUAUCUCGCCUAAAACGAAACACGAGAAAGAAAGUUUCACGGUGAAUAUCAUUUUGAGUAGCAUUUAUUGAAGUUCCUUUUGUUUUUGUAUUUUCACGUGCAAUCUGCCACAGUAAAGAAGUGAAGAUGGUAACAAACUGGAAAUCAUACCCAGUUUCUCAACAAGAGAAAAAGAGAGAACUCUGCUCAUCAUUUUACUUUUAAUUACUGAAGUACUUAUAAUACAACUCUUAAAAGAAUUUAUUUUGUCACUUUUUGUGUACCACUUUUAGUUUUAUUCACAGGGUUUCGCUUCAUCCAUACUUUUUUUAAAUGUGAAUACUAAAAUGGGAGUAAACUUUUCUCUCUUUCAGAAAAGUGUACUUUUUAGUUGUUGUUUUUUCUGCAGUUUUUUUCAUUUCUUCCUUUCAUUUAUGUGAUUUUUAAAUUGAACCGAUCACUAAUUGAAUCAACUUUUUGAACUACAGAAUUUAUAGUUGUAUGCCUUAUUGAGGUCUUCUGUUUCUAUUGUUUAUAUUUCCUUGGUGCUUUUUAAAACUUCAGUGUAACUGAUCAUUAUGCUUCAAGAGCUGUAAAUACCUGUCACUUUAGUCUGUGUGUGUGAGAUAAUCUAGUGUUGAAUGUUCAUGCAUUAGAUUUAGAAGGACAUUCAUUGUUCGCAAAAAAAAAAAUAAAACCUUUUUCUGGCUUUAGUCAGAGAACUGUCUUAUGCAUCAGCGUGAUAUUUAUACAUUUUUUUAAGUAAGUCGGGCUCGCGUAGGAUAGAAAAGCUAAGCACCAUAAAUUUAAAGGGGCCUUACGCACAUAAUACCGAACAGUGUAGCUGAAAAUAAGUUAAGUUGAUGAAGACCUUUGUCAUGGUGCCUCCAUGUUGGUUUUUUAUUUGGGGGGUGGGGGGGGGGGGGGAGGGUUAAAGAAAGAAAAUUUAAAUACUUUAAGUCCUUCAUUUAAGUAGUUUUGUGUACAUGUAUAUGGAUCUUCAGCGCGCAAAAUUGUUAAAGUGGGACUUCAGAAUGAGCAUAAUUCCUCUGAUGGUAAUUAGUUACAAAUCUUGAUAAUUCUGGGGUUUUUUUUUUACCCAAUCAAGAUGUGGUCACAAAUUGAUUUUUUGUUUAAAUAUAUUGUUAUGUUUGUUGUGAAUAAUUUUUACUUAAACUUGAAGGAAUAAGUACUGGAUAAGAAGAAUCAAAUCUUAAGAUGACUUUCUAAAGUGACGGUGCGGUGCUGCAGUUAUGUGACAUACGAAACCUAACAGAUUUUCACGAUUGAAAGUGGAUAACGAACACAUGUUCAUAGUUUUUAUGGUUGGUGAUCAGCAGGUUUUUACAAUGGAAAAUUACUUUAUUUAGAUAUUAUUAAGUGCUGUUAAAAGGAACACGUUGCCUUGGAUCGGACGAGUUGGUCUAUAAAAAGCAUUUGAAACCGUUUGGUAU